UCUCUCUCUCUCUCUCUCUGUUAGUGGUUGGUUUGCUUGAAAUGGACCAACGGCGCUCCUCCUAUCUAUCUAAUGGGGUUACUCUAUCUGUAUCCACCACCUGCGAUUUCUUCUUCCUCUUCCUCUUCUUCUUCUUGAACUCCUGUAUUUUGAUUUUGGUGAUUGGACUGUUGGAAAAUGGCACCACAAACUGGGUAUUUGAAAGAACAUGAAGGGAUUGUUCCUAACUCCCUUGGCCAGUUAUCAUCUUCCCCUACUCGUCUGUGGAGUGCUGCCUUUGGGCUAGGUUCCCACUCAAUUUUUGGGGAUUUUGGUCAGGUGAAGGAACAACUUGACAGUAAUGGGAAGGAAUUUGCUGCCACUAAACAAACCGGUCAUGGUCUGGAAAAACUGAACACUGCUCCAUUUUCCAUCUAUCCAGGUGACACUAAGAAUUCUGUGGGGGCACAAAAACCUUCACCAGUUUUUUCCCUGUCAGAAUAUCACAAUCAUUUCGAGCUCGGAUUCGGCCAGCCCCUGAUAUGUGAAAAUUAUCCUUACAUGGAACAGCAUUAUGGCAUCCUCUCAGCUUAUGGACCUCAAAUACCAGGUCGGGUUAUGCUGCCAAUGAGAUUAACAACAGAUGAUGAACCAAUUUAUGUGAAUGCAAAGCAAUAUCAUGGAAUCAUUAGGCGCAGACAGAUCCGUGCCAAGGCAAUGAUGAAGAAUCGACCUGCAAGAACUCGAAAGCCAUAUAUACAUGAAUCACGUCAUCUCCACGCAAUGCGCCGUCCACGGGGAUCCGGUGGCCGUUUCCUGAACAUGAAGAAUCAGCCAAAUGAGAAGAGUUCUAUGGUACCAAAGAAAGUUGACGAUGUCAAUCUUUCUGAUUUAACUGGUUCUCAAUGUUCUGAGGUUCUGCAAUCAGAAAGUGGAACUUUGAACUCCCAAAAUGAAGCCAAGGAGGGGAGGGGCUUUAAUCUCUUGAGUUCUGAGGUAUCGAGCAUGUUCUCGAGGGGACUGCAAUGUUUUCAAAUCAACCAUAUUGGACCAUCAAUGCAGUCACUGGCAGAGAUCAUUGAUGGAGGAGGGCAUGGCAUGGUUCUCCCCAAAUGGGUUGCAGCAGCUGAAAACUGCUGUGACCUUUGUUUUUGACCGGUAAGGCAAUGGGUUCUUGGUGCAAGUCACUGCACCAAGACCCUGUCUUUGUUGCGACCAAAUCCAGCUUGCUUCAAUGUUGUCGUUGAUGGCAAUUGUUUCAGGCUUCGCGAAGAGGAUAGUCCCCGCGUUUGGUUGCAAUGGCAAGUCAUUUUUGGCUCUAAUCAUAAGCUCUAUAUGAUGAUUCUUAUCUCUCUGUUCUGCAUCUCAUAAUGAGAGGUAGCUGAGAGAAGCAAAAGAUUCAUCCAAACCGAUAUCCAGUAUGAAGUUAUUGCAGUAAACAAAAGGGUUUGUUUGAAGAAUAAGAGCAUCAAAAGUAUAAAUUCUGCACUCUGUAUGUGACCCUCAAUGUAGAAAUUCAUAAGAAGAAUGUCUAUGAAGUCUAGUGUUUGGUUGUUUAAAGUCAGAAAUUCAUAAGCAAUUGGUACUGAACAAAGAUGCUUGGCUUGUGGGUUUGUAUAAAGAUAACUGUGAUGUUUGCUUUUGGUUUAUGUAAUAAACUACAUUAUCUUUGUAACAUAAUCCAUGCUUUUUUUUAUCCCUUCGAA